CUUCAGAUGUUUGAGACGCUUUAAAGAGUUGAUGAUUUGACAAUGCCGACCUUUCUUCUUCACUUCCUGGUGAUGGUGGUUUCCCUCCCUGUUGUCAAGGCGAAGCCUGAGCCCAUCUCUGAGGACACAUGGCAGCCAUCCAACGAUUCUCCUCCUACCUCUUCCGGUCUGACCUUCGAUGGCCCUGGACGCAGUAUUUAUCCUGUGAUGGAAAACAUCACAACAGGGCCACAGGCUGGGGACCUGGAAGCAUACUGCCAGAUGCUGCUGCUGUCUCCGGUCCUGAUCCCCCAAGACCAGAUUCCCUGGUACUGCCUCUGCACAUACUGCCAGAGCAGCCGGGGCCCCAAAGGGGACCGGGGUGACCGAGGACUGCCAGGUAGUCCAGGAAGCCCUGGAAGAAGAGGGAUGGUGGGGUUCAGAGGUCCUCCAGGUUUUGUGGGCAGACAAGGGAUCAAAGGACAGAAAGGAGAUGACGGUCAGAAGGGAGACCAAGGAUCCCAGGGUCUUAUGGGUCCUAAAGGGGAUCGAGGCUUCAAAGGUGACAAAGGAGAACAAGGUUUGUUGGGACGUCCGGGUGAUCCGGGUCCGAAAGGAGAUGAUGGAGUCUGUCCAGAUGCCUGUGAGUCCAGCCAAGGUCCACCAGGACCACCUGGUCUGCCUGGCUCUGUAGGAAUCAGAGGUCUACCUGGCAGCCCAGGACCUGUAGGGCCCAAAGGCAUUAAAGGUGACAUGGGUGAUUCAGGUCUCCCUGGUGUCCCUGGAUCUCUGGGUGAGAAAGGAGAAACAGGACCCCAGGGGGAGUGUAACUGUACAGACGGGAUAGAUGGGAAUCCUGGGCAGAAGGGGGACAAGGGAGAUAAGGGAGACCAGGGACAGAUGGGGCUCACAGGGCAAAGCGGUCCACAAGGUGAUAAGGGAGACAUGGGGUUGAUGGGGAUGAUGGGUCUUCCUGGUCCCUGCAUGCCUGCCAUCCAGUCAGCCUUUUCUGCAGGACUGAUGUACAGUUAUCCCAUGCCCAACAAACCUGUGGCUUUCUCUCACGUUUACUACAACAUCCAGGGCAGUUACGACCCCAGCUCUGGCAUUUACACCGCCCCUGUCAAUGGCACCUAUGUUUUCAGCUACCAUGUUACAGUCCAUGAACGAGUCCUCAAAAUUGGCCUGUUCCAUAAUUUCUGGCCAGUUGUCAAAAAUACAGACCCCAGCUUGCAUGGGUCCACCUCUCAAUCAAUCAUCAUUCACCUGUCCCGUGGGGAUAGGAUGUGGAUUCAGGUUAAGGAUACAUUUAGUAAUGGCAUGUAUACCAGUUCAGAGUCCAGCAGUACUUUCUCUGGCUACCUCCUCUACCCAGACACAUGUGAUAUGGCUUUAACUAGAGCUCCCAUCCCCCCAAUGAUCACACCUGUGGAUGGAUACAGCUGGGGCGAUGACCCUGAGUCUAGCACCGCCAAACCCCAAACCUCACCUGCUGGUGGAGGAUCCAAUUAGCUUCAUUGAUGAAUAAAUGGCUUUGGUCACCUGUAGAAGGUGCAGUGCAAAAUAAAUUAUUUUAGACCACUGUAACACGUUACCCAUAAGAUGUUUUACACCAACCCACCAACAGACACAGCAUCAGGGUUAGUCCAGUCUUAUCUAGUCUAGACCACCACGAAAUACAGAUUAAUCAAACUGUAAGAUUAACUUUUCCCGAAUAAAGACGAUGUCAUUGAACCAACAUACUGUCACUCAUAACUCCUCAAUACUGCGGUUCGGUCAGUGACCCUGCACCACGUCCAAAAUCCUGUUACUUUCAAAAUAAACCACGAGUGGUUAACCUUGGGAACCUGCCACAUUUUGUUGAGGUUUAGGAAAGGAUUGUUACACUUACAUAUCUGACAUAGCUUUAGUAUAUUUUAUGUUACAUAAAUUAUGUAACAUAUAAGUUAUGAUUUCAGUCAAGCUGCAUAACUUGGGAGAAGUUAUUAAGAGUUAAGAGUUUUGGUUUUGCACAGGACAUGAACAGUAGUCUCCUGGGUUCUUUUUACCAUGUCACCUGACUUUGAUGACACAUCUAAACAUUAAGGGGCACAGGUGAGUCUGGUCAUGAUGCUCAAGGGGUACCACCAAUCCUCUGAGCAUAUAAACGAUCAAACUGCAUUAUUUCAGGAGUUGGGAGUAAUAGGCAGCCUUGAACAUCAUCAUCCCCUAGUUAAGUUCCAGUUCCGUAAGAAUAAAUCUCCACUAACCAGACUAUCAGAACAUGAACCCCUUUUAAGUGCAAACAAACACAUAUUUGCUUUGAUGCAGGUUACUUGAAGUGUCUUCACACCUGUGUUGUUUGGUCUGGUUGAAUUGGACUGUUCCCCCUUUGGUAAUAUUCACCUCAGCAGAUCUGAACACAACAAUCAGACCCUUUACAGGAAGUGGUCUCAUUCAGGUCACAAAUAAAUUCUGGAACAGCUUGUUUUUGGUGGUAACGUAAAGUGACCUAAGUCUGACCCACCAACUGAGAAAGUACGUCUGUAAUCAGCAAAUGUUUUGUGAGCUACAUACUAACGACAGAAUUGUGUUUUCUCUAAACAUGUCAAAGAAAACAUACUAAAAUACCAAAUCACAAAAUAUGUUGAUACUUAAUCUGUUAAAGGUUUUCACAGGUAACUGGGUUAGGGUUAGGGUUAGUCUCUUCUGCAGAACCGAAGAAGCCCUUUUGAUGAAAGGCAAAAUGUCUUCAAUAAACCUAGAAGUCCAGUUGAUACACCAUACUUUGGCACUGACCUGAUGACUAAUAACCUUCAUGGACAUGUUGAUACUGAAUGUAUCAGGAUCUCUGAUUAUGUAUUGCAUUUGUUUUCUGUCUGCUAACUACAGCUUUGACAUUAUUCCUGAACCCAGGACUCUGGUUUCAGUCCUGCUCUCUGUCAUCAAAACUAUGAAAACAAUCAUGAAAUAGUCUGUGAAAGUUCUCAGUCAUCCAGGUCAUUGUUUUUUGAGAAGAGUUUAAUCUUGGUCAUCUAGACCUGGUUGUGGAUGUCUCCUCCAAAAGUCUUCUCCUGUUCAUAACUGAUGUCCCCAGUUUGAACUGUGUAACAUACAGACGUUAUUUCUCUGAGACAGAACCUGUCUUUGGUAUAAAAGGGUCAAAUGACUGUUGAACUGUUUGUUUGCUCCGUGAUUCAUUUUGAUCUACAGGUAUGUAAACCAACUGAUGAAAUCAGCUGAAGUGUUUCUGUUGUGUCUGUUUCAGUAAUGAUAGUUUCCCUGUCAGUAGAGACACAGCUUUUUUAUCAUGACAAUCUUCUGUAAUAACAUCCUGUUAGCAUGAUUCUGUAUCUUUCAUCUCACCUUAGCUCUUUGUAUGUAAACUUGGACUCUAACAGUCAUUUGAUGAUCCCUGACACUGAUUCUAUACAGUGUCGGUGUAAACCAAUACACCGCCUCACUUUAGCUCCACAUUGUUUCUGCUGGGCUGGGUUUCCCAAAAGUAUUUCGGUUCUCUCCUUCAACAAAGACAGAACUGAACAUGAGUCUUGACACAUGUAUUUUGAAGUCCAUCACGCCCUGAUUAGUCGACCAUGGCUGCUUCUACAUUUUCAUAGACGGGAAACAGUCUCAAACAACACCAAACCACUUUGGCUUUCUCCCUGAUAUCUGAUGAGCAACCUAAACUCACAAAUUUAAUUCUGAGCAUCAGACGGCCCACAAUUCUGAGAACACGAUAAAACCUUUUGUGCACAAGAUCCAAGUCUGAUAUUUUGAGCUUCCAGAGGCUCGUUAGUUUCGUUUUAAUUUUUUUCUAGAUUAGAUUUGAUUUCAUGAUUAAAUUAACAUUAAACUAUCCAGAGGUUUAUCUUCCACACUGUGAUCUAUACUAAUGUUAGCAAUGACAGUUAACUGCAGAGAUUAACUCACCUUGAUCAGGUAGACAUUUUUCACUCUUUAAUGUUAGACAUGAAAUAUCGUGUUUGUAAGAAAAAGCUCCAAUAA